AUGGACAUGCCACAAUUUGACGGCAGUGAAGAUGCCUAUUGGUGGUUGAUUUGUAUUGAGAAGCAUUUUGAUGUUGUGGGAACACCGGAAAGUGAGAGGUUGUCCGAGGCAGUGAAAGCCUUGAGAAACCGUGCUCUCAAAUGGUGGCAGUGGUGGAGUCGGCGCCAUCUACAAGCGAAUUGGCAAACGUUUCCGGUUGCGCUACUUUGGCAUUUUAAGCCAGAGUAUAGAGACCUUCUUCCUAUAUCAUAUGAAGAGGAACCUGAAUUAGAAUCGGAGUCGUCGAUGCCUCACACAUUCAACGUUCAUCAAGAAGAAACAAACCUCGGAAUUCUGCACUCAUUCAGAUAG